AGAGACAAGACAAGUGAGGAGCAUCGCUGCCUUCGGAGCCUCUCCGACCUCCUUCACUGAUCCUCCUCCCCAGCAUCACCCAGCAUGCUCAGUGUCAGGAGCGUCGCCGUCGUCCUCUUGCUUUCAACAACCACGACUGUCAGCUUCAACGUCAGGUGGAGUGCGGUCAGACCGCUGUCGCGCAGUGGGAGCCUUCCAUGUCCCAGCAGGAGGAAUGAGCCCAGGACAAGGAUGAGACGAGCCGGCAGGCAGCUGGUAGCAUGCAGCAAGGAUACCUCGGAGCAGAAAGAUGCCACCCAGAGCCUGGCUGCAAUUGCAGAGAUGGAGAGGAGGAGGCAACAGGAGGAGGAGAUGAGAAACUCUGGCAGCAUCGGGUGGGAGUGUUUGCGGGAUACCCCCCAAUCCAAACAGGAGCUGCGGGAGCUGCAGCUGAAGUUCGGGGCGGAGGUGGUGCCUGCAACUUAUCCAGCCCCAGAGCCUCUCAUGAAGUUCAUGAAGAAAGGGCGCGAUCGAGUGGUGGACGUUGUGUCCAAGUUCUCUCUACUUCCGCAGGCCGAGGUCAUCGCAGCUUCCUCCUCCGGCGUUCUUCUAGCUGAUCUUUCGCACUGGGGGGCGCUUGUGGUGACAGGAGAGGACAGGUACAAGUUUCUCAGCGGGCUCUGCACCAACAGAGUAGUCGGGCUCAGGCCUGGCGACGUCAGACAGGCUUGCUUCCUGUCCAAGGUCGGAAGGACGGUUGACCUGUGUACCAUUGCUGUCUUGUCGGACAGCCUCCUAGUCCUCUGCUCUCCCAACCGCGUUCUCCAGCUUUUUCAGGACCUCGAUGCUCUCAUCUUCCCCAAGGACAAGGUCAAGUGCCUGGACGUGUCGGAGGGCCUUGCACGCUUCCACCUCGUCGGCCCCAAGGCUGAGGAGUUCUUGUCCCAGAUGCCGGGUAUCACCCUCCCGGAGCCCUUCUGUUCCUCCCCGCUGGUGUUGGAGGGCAAGUCGAUGAACGGCCUCGUCCUGCAUGGCGCUGGUUGCUCCGUUCCUGGAUACACGAUCGUCGCUGCUUCAGGAGACGGGAGAGUCCUAUGGGAGGAGUUCAUGAAAGUUGCGGAGCCCGGGCCCCUCCGUGUCGGGCAGGAGGGCUGGGAGGUACUGAGAAUGGUUGACGGGGUACCCGCUGCCGGAUCAGAGCUGACCUUGGAAUACAAUCCGCUGGAAGCUGGAUUGUGGUCGACUGUAUCGUUCGACAAAGGAUGUUACAUCGGACAAGAGUCCAUGGCACGACUCAAAACUUACGACGGGGUCAAGCAAAACCUCUGGGCUAUUCAGUUCCCAGCAGACAAGUCAGGGGCAAAGAGCUCGAGAGCGCUGGUGGGAGCCAAGUUGUUCGCGGUGAGCGCUUGCGAGUCAGGACAGAGCAGAAGGCUGAAGCUAGCAUGUGAAGGAGAGGGAAGGGGAAGGAAGAUCCAUCGGGACGAUCACGUCCGUCCUCCCGGAGCCCUUGCGCACCCCAGGUAA